GUUUACUAUUUUUGUAACUGUUUGUUUAUUUCUCCGGAAACCGAUACCGACUGUUUACAUGUCACUUUGGUUACUUGCGUGAAAUGAAAUGAAAUAAGCCAUUAUUUUACAGAACGUUGUCAUUUUGGAAUACUUGCUUUGGUACAUGCUGCCGUAGAAGGACAGCCUUAGUGCGCCAACAUGACUCUUCUCUCUCUCUCUCAUUCAUGUGGGGGCGUUUGACAUUGGCAUGACCAGAAACACCUGCCACAAAUUCGCUUUCCUUUAACUCCGAAACCAUUUAAUUAGAAAUGUCGCUGUCACGGCAAGUUUUAAACUUUUGAUAAUGGCGUCUCGAGACCGCUGAAAACUGUGAUGCAGUGAUGAGUGACAGUGAUGAUACUGAAAUCCUCCUCUUGAUACCUCCCGACUUCUUUCUCGUCAAUUCCUCAGAUGACGAAUCAGUCAGUAAUAUUGAUAGUGUGGUUGAGCGCACUGUGGUCAAUGAUCUAAUAUCUCAUGUGAACGAACUUGAGAACCGAGUUGCCCAAAUUGAAAGGAAGGACCCAUCUUCACUGAAGUUGAAUGAUUCUGCAAGUUCUCUCAACUCGUCUUGUAGCUCAAACUUCAUGAAUACUGAAAUGAAUCCUUCUUCGAGGUAUCUGGGAUCGAACUCUAGUUUAAAUACUAGUCCAUCCAGAAGAGUGGCACGUUUCAACUCUUUGCCUCCAACACCCAGUAGUAGUAGUUAUCGCUCCUUAGCACAGUCUGCAUCCCCCUCAAGAACCUGGGGACGAAAUCAUAUCAGUCCUUCCAAGGUAACCUCUAGAAGCAAUAGAAAUUUAUCAGAUUCAAGCUUAGAAAAUAUUGGGAGAGAAAAACUCAAAGAGAAAGAACUUCUGUCUGAGGUUGAUCUGUUCUUAGAUGGCCUUAAGAGAGAUGCUAUUGCAUCACGAGGGUAUAAAGAAAAGGAGCUUGUUGCAGGGGGGUUACCUCCCUCUCCAAAUAAAAGAGAUACAGCUGAUGGUGUGGCUCGGCUUCAACUUGAUGAAGUUGAUCGCUUACUGAAAGAGGUAGAAGCAGAACAGAAAAAUAUUGAGGCAAGACUCAGUACUCAUGAUGCUCCAGAAGUGCGUAGAAUCGUCAAGAAGCCAGGAGAUGACAUUGGCUCCAUACCCGAUCUUGGUUUUGGAGUAAGAGAUCAGUGGAAGGACGUUGAUAAAUUUCUGGAAACUGAAAGAAAAGAUAGAAACCAGAAAAAUGAAAGCUACAAACAGCCAGUUUAUGAGCCUGUAGUCACUACCAGAAAGCAGUAUAGACUUGGUGAUAAUAUAGAAUCCAUCCCUGACUUGGGCUAUGGUGUAAGAGAAGCAUGGUCUUCUGGAGGGAGCACAUUGAAAGAACCAAGGCCUUCUGAUCGAGAGCCAGUCAGGGAGGCUGCAGUUCAAUUUGAAGUAGCUCAUCAGUCUGAAGGAAGCCCCCUACCUAAGCAAUCACCCAAAGUUUUUGCUUCACGAAGAAAAUUAGAUCUUGAUUUUCCUGCAAGGCAAAAAACUUCUAUAGAUGACCUAGGAGAACGUGAAACUGCAACAUCACUAGAUUCUUUCUCAUCUGGUGCAGAUCAAACUGGUGGCGUCAGGAACAAGAGAGAUAUUGUCCCACCUGCCAUUGUUGAGCAUAAGGAAGAUUCAGGACCUCCAAAACCCUUGUUGAGUUUGGCUGAGCUGUGGAGUGAUGGAGAAAAACCAGUAAUCAAAAGUGUUGGUGAUACCAAAUUGCUACAAAAAUAUGAGGAAGAGCGUUGCCGUCGCCAGCAUUGUGAGCACCUAGUUCAAGCUCUGCAAACAAAACUUUUGGAGUCCCAACAAAAACUGGCAGUAGCACUUCAGGUAGAUUCUGAUAAAGAUGCUGCAAUAGCAAAACUACAAAGCGCAUGGAACAGUCUUGCAAAUCAUUGGCGAACUGUUGAAGAUCAACGUCAUUUGUUGACCAAGCAAUUGCAGGAUCAGAAAUUGGGCAGUGAAAAUCAGCUGAAACAAAUGAAAGAGAAAAUCGAGCGUUAUGAGACUGAGCUAUCUAAAGCCCUUGAUCUAGCACAUGGCUACAAGGAACAAAGUGUAAAUGCGGAACGUUUCCAUUCCUCACAAAUGGAACAGUUAGCCAGCAAGGCCCAAGAACUUGAACGCCGGCUUGCCACAGCUACCAUAACUUGCACUGAAGUGCAGCAAAGAGAAGAGGCUCUUCGGGCUAAGUAUAAUGAGGAUCACACCAAACUUGUUGAGCUGCAAUCAGCUAUGGAUGCGGCAACUAAAUCACUCUCAUCACAUGAGGCUGACAUUGCUAUUUUAGAGGAGGAGAAAUCAGCCUUACAAACCAGACUAAAAGAGGAAAAAGCUCGAUUAGAUACACAACAAAACACUCGUGACAAAAUGCGUUCAGAGCUGGAAGAAGUUAAGAAACGUGAGAGAAACUUACAAUCUGAACUAAAAAAGACCUCAGAACAAAUAGAAAUGAUGAAAACAGAGCUGCAUGAAUUUUACCAAGCUCAACUAGAGCGUGUUGUGAGGGAUAAACUUAAGGAAUUUCAAGGUCAGUUAGAUACAGCUGAGGCAACUCUUCAGAGGGAACUAGAAUCUCGAGAGCGAAGUGUGGCUCAACUUGCUGCACGACAACUUCAGCAUGUUACUGAAAAACACAAAGUUGAAGUAUCACUUCUUGAACAAAAACAUUCAGAAGAGCUGAGACUCAUGCAACUUCAACUUGCUAAAGCAUCUCGUCAGAUUCAAGAUCAAGAGAAACGUCUUGCAGCUUAUGAGAAGCGCAGCUCAUCAUUAGCAGAGCGUUUGCAUGGAGUUAUGGAAAAUCAGUGGCGGGAAGCUUUAAAUAUUUUAAGCAGCAGUCCUAAUGACAGUAAUGGACAGCCUGAUGCCUCUGCCAUUAAAGCUGACAAAAGCAGUCAGGCGUGGAAUGAGAAAGUAAAGGAUACAGCGUGGAUGCUGGUUCAGCAACAGCAGCAACAAAAAAAUUCUCAAAGUCAGUGUAGCAGCCGUUCAUCGGUUGAUGAGACACCUUUCAGCCGAGAUGGACAAAUUACACACCGCAAUGCAACCCCAGUGCAGCAGCAGCAGCCUGGCCAGGCUGAGGAGAGUGAAGAACUACGGAGAUAUAUAAAAAUGCUAUUAGACCGAGCCCCAGGAAACCCUGUUACUUCCACACCUGAGGAACCUCAACAAGGACUGAAGCCUAAUGUAAGCAACACCUUGCAAUUGAAACCACCAUGGAAGUGACUUGUCAGGAUGUAAGACUUUCUCAUUUCCCUGAAGGUAACCAGCUUAGGUUCUUUUUUCUAUUUUUACCCUGUAAAGAAAAUAUUUUAUAACUUAUUCACAACAGCUGAACUAGAGCCAUGUUUAAUACAUAAAAAUAUUUAUAUAUUUAUGGUAUGCAAGCAAUUUUAACUUUUCAGAUAUUGAAAUAAGUGUUUACUGCUUGAGUUUCUUAUGUUCAUACUAAUAAUGAUCCAAUUUGAGUUUUAUGUAAUAAUUGGUAGCUGAAAAAAUUACUGCCAAGCUAAUGCAGAGCCUUGAUCACGGUAAAAACAAUGUCUCAUUUUUUUAGGGUAAAGGGAAAACUUUGAGGAACUCCUCUGGUUUGACAAAAACUCCACAGAUUUUGAGGAUGUCUCCUCCCAAAUGUGGGAUUCUUCCUCAUUUUUUCAGAAGAUUUCUCAAAAUCCGAGGCGAGAUCAGAGGACUCUUCCUCAAUCAUGGGAGUUCCUCAAAGUUUUCCCUUCUUCCUCAAAAAAUGAGACAUUGUUUUUACUGUGAUAUUAGUGUACUUUUCCUACAAGAUCACCCUUAUUUACUAACUAUUCAAAAAGGAACAUUGUGAAAAGUACUAUGCUGUUAAUAUAAUUUUAAAAUUUAUUUUUAGUAGUUAACAGAGAAGUUACAUGAAAGAAGUGAGCCUUUGACCAAAACUCAUAUAGAUGUUUUUUAAAGUUGAUAUAUUUCUGUACAAUAUGUUUUUAGAGAACAAGAGGGAUUAGGAAGCAAAGACCAGAGAAUUUGCCACAAAAGACACUCAAAGUAUGAGCUCUUGUUUACAAUAAAGUACUUACAACUUGCAAUUUUCAUAUCUAGUUCAAGGUCAAAUAAGUCAACAUUACCACAGUUUUGGAUCAUAACAAAUAAAAUUACAGCAGGUUGACUGAUCACUCACACAAUUACAAAAUAAUCUCAAAUACAGCACAUAAAUUUGGCCCAACUUGGAAAUGUUGGGGUGGGCUGUUAUAUCAAUUUAAGACUUGACUACAGUUCUAAGCAUGGUGCAUAUGUCUCGCAGACAUCACAGACACAAGGUGUAACCUACACAACCAGAGCUGAAUUCAAAUUACAUUCUGUUUGGCAUGCUCUGGAAGAAUGUGCAUUGAUCUAAAAGUUUAAAUGAUGGGAUAUAGACCAAAACCAAACCACAUCAACAAAAUAAUUGUUCCAGGUCACUCUCACAAUCCUCAUCAAUAUGGUACAGGCAAAGUUAGCCAUACAAGCAAAAUAAUGCAUACAAAAUCACAGACAUACAAUGGCACAAACCCACAAGGGAAGCAAAGACAUUAGAAACCUGAUUUCAAACAUUUUCUUCUUAAACAAAAAAAUUCUACAUACUGUACAGUAAGUAAAUAAUUGCAUCACACAUGUCCUCUGGGUUUGAACCAUUGACAAAGCACAAUAAAUAUGAGUAAGCCACUGCCGGCCACUUGUGAAACUGUAGGGCACACAAACACACUGCUAAUCAGAAGAAAGAACAUCUUAACUCUUUAACUAGAACUUUUUUUAUUUUAACUUUUUAGAUAGGAAAUUAUUGACUUCUGACAAGAAGCAUACCUCACCCAUCUACACAACACCAAUAUGAUUAGGAACCAAGGGCUCACACCUUAUAAACAUAAACAAAAGAAAACCCUGCAAGCAUGCUUGCACUUUUUCCAGGACUUCGGUAGCCUCCUCAUAAGCUAACUUGUCACAAGUGUGACAAGGUUUCUUAUGAGACAAACUGAAAGUCAAGGAAAAUUGUAUUCAUAAGAACACAAUAAGCACACCCAGCAAAGGCACACAAUGUCUAUGAGAUAUGAAUCCGCAGCUUUAAACAACUGCUGUUAUUUAGCUGAGUGACAUUGACUCCAAGACAAGCUUUUCUAAUCAAAAUGAUACACCCAAGUUGUAAAAGGGAGUGGAUAAUGGCUACUCAAUUAAAUCUUGAGAUUUUUUAAAGAGAUAAGAAGUUUGGGCACUAAACUCUCUUCACAUAACAAGAAGACAAAAAAUAGUUCAUGCCCUUAAACAAAAUUAAGACUAGUGAGCCUAACAUUGGAAUUAACAGAAUUCUAUACACUAAACAGAAAAACUAUGAAGUUGUCAUUGUCUAGUAUGAAUUAAUUAAACCACCUUCCAUAAAUCUUGACAUCUAAUGUCAUUUAAAAUAGGUUUCAAAAAUUGCUUAAGAUGCCCUCUCCUGGGUAGGACAAAACAGAUACCUAAGAAUAGUACAAUUUGUCAUUUUCUAUAAGAAUUUAGAUUAACAUAAAAAUGGAAGAUAAGAUAAAACAUUAAAAAAAUUAAAUACAUGGACUGCACAGAAUAGACACAAAAAUUUGCAGACAGAACACCAAAAAUGAUGGUUUACAGAAUGAAGAAGAGUACAGCUGUUACCAUUUCAAUAUUGACCCAAAGACUUAAGAAUGAAAAAUGGCAAUUAAGUAAUGGAACCAGUUUUUUUUUAAAUUUUCUUU